AUCUUCAAAUUUCAAUUUCUUGUUAGCCUAAGCUAUAUUAUAAGGCAAACGUCAUAAUGAGUGAACCACCUACCCCAAACACGCCUGGGAGUCAAGCACUUGUGAAACUGAAGGAACGUGACAGCACACUGCAAGACUUUAAAGUGCCUACCGCUGGGGCAGUGCGCAAGAAAACCAAACAGAAGAUACUAACAGAGGAAAUGUACAUUGAUGAGCUUUCCAAAAUUAUACAACGUGACUUCUUUCCACACUUGGAUAAAUUGCGUGCACAAAAUGACUACCUCGAUGCGAUGGACCGCAAAGAUUACGCACAAAUGGAGGCCAUACGUGCCAAGUAUAGUGGGCGCAGGCCCACCGAUCGAGGCUCCAUGUCGCCGGCCACAUUUGAGACACCAGCAAGUGCAACUGGUAUUAUGACACCGCGUCUUGAGGGCAGUGGUGCUGCCUCGGAUACACCGAAGUCAGCUAUAUCCAGCUGCUCGAAAGCGUCAAAAACUGGAACGGAACAAAAAUCUGUAGCGGAUAAGCAUUCAUUGGAUUCUUUUCUGCAGCAUUACACAAGCGAAGAUAACCAUAGUUUUCAAGAAAUUAUCGAUACUGCCGAUGAAAAACUACGACAAAAAUUUGCUGUACUGUAUAAUGAAGAAAAACUGUCGGCUGAUAAGUUGGCGCGGGCGUUAACGCUACCAUCCAUUGAAAAGCAGUUUGAUGAACCAGAUCCAUUGCGAAAGAUUGAAACAUGGAGCUACACGAACAAAAACUCUAUUAUGUAUAUACCUGAUGGUGUAGAACUUACUGAAAAGGAACGUGUGGAAGCUGCCAAGCAGCGGGAAAUAAUACAGCACAGUGCCACACGACUUAGCAGUAAUCCUUUUGUUGAGCCUGCUACUCCUAAAUCAAACAAUGAGUUAGCUAAAAACCAAUCUCAGGCGCUUAUUAAUAAAAUUGGACUAGAUGGUAAUGCCAUAACGCUUGGUGAGGAAGACGAGGGACCGCAGGUUCGGGGGUUUAAUUUAGUGAAGACGCCAUCACCACGACCAGGGGAAGCGUUUUCACCGCUCAUGACAUGGGGAGAAAUCGAAGGUACACCCUUUCGGCUCGAUGGUUCUGAUACGCCAGUACGUCCUAAUGUAGGACCAGCUUUCACCAUCACCGAAAAUUCGCGACGUGAAAACAUUGCAAUAGCGUUGGCAGAAAAAGUGGGUGAAAAGAUGCGUGCACAGAAGCAAAGGGCGGCUGACACAGCACGUAAGAAUAUCAACUCGCCAUUCAUACGUUCGAACAUGGAACGCUUGGCUUCAAUGUCACCGGCCGCAAGACGUUUAGCAACCUCUAAAUUAGGCAUAGGCACAACACCAAUUAUGCCCACGCCGCAGCGGACACCUGGAGCAGUAAUGCGGAGGGCCAAACCAACAUCGAAAGCUAUGAAUUCCCGCAAAACGCCAGCGGGUAGUGCAAGCACAAGCACCUCAGCACCUAACACACCAAAACAGAUCAGUAGCGGCAAGUCAACACUCACUGAUGAUCUAUUGAAAAUUCCUACGAAACGAUUGCGAGCAUCGGAUUUCUUUUAAAUGGAGUGAUAUUUUGGUAGAUUAAGAGAAGCGAGUUUGGGUGCAUUCCGAAACGUCAAAAUACAAAGUAUAAGUUUCUUUUAUUUCAAAAUUUCAGUAGAUUGUAAUGCCAAAAUGUGGGC